AUGACUUCAGUACCUGAGCAAUUUAAAAUUAACUUUACAUCCGGAGCAAUGGGACUCUCACUCUCCUAUGCUUGUAUGCAUCCUCUUGACACCAUUAAAACUCGAAUUCAAGCUGAUACCACAGGCAAUUGGCGCAAAGUGGUAUUCUCCAAAUCAACCCUCAACAGUCUUGGAAGAGGCUUCUUUGUUUCCGCUUUAGGUGCAGCAGGCCAAGGUGGUGCUCGAUUCAGCACUUAUGAAUUUUGUAAAUCCAAGAUGCUUCCCAAGGAAAAGAACGCGCUCACCAUCCCUGUCACUGCCUUAUCAGCCAUUCUCGGCGACUUAGCAUCGAGUGUGAUCAAAGUACCCAGAGAAGUAGUAACUGCCAAACUUCAAAUCGACCAUUACAAGACAAUCAACGGUCAAAAACCCAACGCUGGAUUUGUGAUUCGACAAACCUUGUUAGAAGAAGGACCUAAAGGCUUAUUUCGAGGAUUUUGGGCUAUCGCUGCUCGCGAUUCACCCUUCAUGGUCAUUCUUUUAGUAUCUUACGAAAACUUCAAGGCAUUUCAUCAUCGCUCAGUAAGAGAAGCUUUAGAAAAGACAAGAGAAUACAGAGCCAAGCAAAAGCAGAUGGUGGCAGGUGCUGCUUUCGAGGAAUUAGAAGCUGAUAUUCCUACUAUGCGUAGUAUCAUGUAUGGCGGCAUCAGCGGCUUUUUGGCCGGUUAUUUCACAACACCCAUGGACGUUUUACGUACGCGCAUGAUUGCUCAAAAAGCAGUAAACCCCAUGUCUGUGACAGAGAUGGCCAAGCAUGUGGUGGCUUCAACUACUGGUACUUCGGCUGUCCAGAGAUCAAUCAAUAUCUAUAGAUCCUUCUUUGUUGGUGCAAUUCCUAGAAGUUUUUGGUGGUUUGGUAUUUGCGGCAUCUUUUUCCCAACCUACGAAACCUUGAAAUCACUCAUGAAUAGCAACAGCUAG